ACAUCGAAAAAGAAUGCGGACUUCGCAGCUCUCCCAAUAUUAACUAGUUUGAUGGCCAUAGUUUGAUCAAUCAUGUCGAAAGCACCAUCUCAGCCCGGUUCUUCGGGUGGCGCGGCCAGCCUGGGACCUUCGUCGUCCUCCUCCUGCUCGUCUCCCUCGGCAGGUGGCACAACUUCCCCCGCUAACGUGCUGCACGCACAGCCCGAGAAGCCCCAGCACUACACGUAUCUGAAGGAGUUUCGGACAGAACAGUGUCCUCUUUUCGUUCAGCACAAGUGCACUCAGCACAGGCCCUUCACCUGCUUCCACUGGCACUUCCUGAACCAGAGACGACGGAGGCCGAUUCGCAGGCGAGACGGAACCUUUAAUUACAGCCCUGACGUGUACUGCGUUAAAUACGACGAGGGCACAGGGACAUGUCCUGAUGGGGAUGAGUGCCCAUUUCUACACAGAACAGCUGGAGACACGGAGAGGCGGUAUCACCUGCGCUACUAUAAGACCGGCUCCUGCAUCCACGAGACUGAUGGGAAGGGGCACUGCAGUAAAAACGGCCCUCACUGUGCCUUUGCUCAUGGGUCACAUGACCUCAGAAGCCCUGUAUAUGACAUCAGAGAGGUUCAGGUGUUAGAAGCUCAGGCCACUACUGGGUUGACCGAGGGCUCGUCUGGAGAAGGCCAGUCUGGAGUUGUGGCCAGCACUGCACUCAUAGAAAAGAUCCUGAGUGAAGAUCCACGCUGGCAAGAUAACAGUUUUGUGCUCUCUCACUAUAAGACUGAGCUUUGCAAAAAACCUCCUCGCCUGUGCCGUCAGGGCUACGCAUGUCCCUACUAUCAUAACAGCAAAGACCGCAGACGGAGCCCUCACAAGCACAAAUACAGAGCGCUGCCAUGUCCAUCGGUGAAGCACAGUGACGAAUGGGGCGAUCCGAGUAAAUGUGAGGGUGGAGAAGGCUGUCAGUACUGCCACACACGCACAGAGCAGCAGUUCCAUCCGGAGAUCUACAAAUCCACCAAAUGCAAUGACAUUCAGCAGAGUGGAAACUGUCCCAGAGGGCCGUUCUGUGCUUUUGCCCAUUUAGAAAAAGUGAGUAUCGGUGAUGGGUGCAAUUCUCCUCCUCUCUCUGCUGCUUUUGAGGACUUCAGUCACAGUGGCCCGAGCACAUCCACAGAAGAGGGCAUGCUGGGAAGGGGGCUGUUUGAUGACUCCUGCAGUCUCGAUGUCAGUCCUGGAGCAGAGGGGGGUUAUGGGAAAGCUCCGGGAUUUGAGAGGGAAGACCAGGCCAAACACAAAUGUUUUUCAAUGGAGCAACGCAGCAGAGACAUUUCCUCCAUGCACAGCAAACAGGAUCUGCUGGUGUUUUUGCCUGUUGGCAGUCCUCUCAGUAUGUCCUCCAGUGUCCCUUCCAGCUUGGCAGCCACACCACCCAGUCCUGCUCCACCUGGCCCGUCUUCAGGCAUGAACGCCAACGCUCUGCCCUUCUACCCCACCAGUGACACGGUGGAGUCUGUAGUGGAAUCUGCAUUGGAUGAUCUGGACCUGAAUGACUUUGGAGUAUCAGCUCUUGAGAAAAGUCUAGAGAGUUCAGCUCUACCCAGCAUGGGCCUCAUGUUAGGAGGCAAUCAAUUACAGAGUUCAGCACCUGUCAACAUCCCAGGCUCUCUAAGUAGCACCUCCCCUUUCAGAUCUCCCUCACCUUCUCCACCAAUCAGAGCCCACCACUCACCAUUCCUCUCAACUCAUCUGCCACAACCCAGCCAAUCAGAAAGCAGCUUUUUAGGGACGUCCCAUGGUUCUUUAGGUCUGAAUGGCAUGAGCAGCAGUAUUUGGGAGCAUUUUCCAACAGGCCAGAGUUCUCCAGGUACUCCUCCAGCUCUGCUGUCAGUGGGCGGCAUGUACAGCGAGGCGUCGCGGCUCAAACAGGAAGUGGAGGAAGCUCACCGAGUGCUGAAACACUGGGACCACAACUGGAGACAGAUGGCUCAGUCCCUGGCGGUGUUGAAGGCAGAUGCGGAGGAUGGUCGUCUGCUGGCAGGGCAGCUGGGAAUGGAGGCGGAGCGAGCGCGGCAGGCAGAGGUGGAGGCUCAGCAGCAGGCCGCUCUCCUGGAGGAGGCGCUGGAGACUCUCAGACAUGCAGAAAACCCUCAUCUACAGCUCCAUCAGCUCCAGCUCCUGCACAGACUGCCUCUCAGCUCCAUCUGCAGCCUGCAGGCACAGAUCUGCUCCUGCCUGCGCACUGUAGAACAGGCUGUGUUCAGGAAGCAGAGAUUAUAUUGUGUAUCUUGUGACGAAUUGGGAUCAGUGACAUUACCAUGCCAGCACGGUCUGCACUGUGAGCGCUGUGCCACCUCCACAGAGUGCCCGCUGUGCACCGAACACCAGCCAAACAUCAACAUCCCACAGUCAUAAUGCUAGAAUUCACACACACACCACAGCAUAUAUCAAAGUCUGUCCAAUACUAAACUCAAAUCUGACAGUAGUGAAACCGCCUCAGCCUUACCUUGGCUACAAGUUAAAGUGACAGUUCACCUAAAAAUAUGUAAAUGUACUCGCCCUCAAGUAGUUCCAAACCUUUAUUGUUGUAAACCAGAAGCCAUCGACUUUCAUAGUACGACAAAUAUACAGUGGAAUUCAAUGGCUGCUGGAUUCCAACAUUCUUCAAACUAUCUUCUUUUGUGUUCAACAGUAGAAAAAACGCAUAUAGGUUUGAAACAAGUAGAGGGUGAGUGAUUUAUGAUAGAAAUAAAUCAAAUUAAAGUUGAGUGAACUGUCCCUUUAAGAGCCUUGUGCAGUAGUGAUGUCCAAACACAUUAUUUACUAUGGAUUCUCUUAAGAUUUAGCUUUUUAUCAUUUAAUUUAUGGGAGAAAUAAUUAUUGUGAUAAACCCAACAAUACCUAAAAGCUGUUUUAUUUAAAGAACAUAAGAACAUUUUGUGGUUCAAGUCUGUGCUGCAUUUGUUGUAGAACAAAACAUUAAAGUAUCAUCCAGUUAUGUUUACCACAAAACUAAUUUCUCUCAUUAAAGGAACACUCCAUUUAUUUGGAAAGAGGCUCAUUUUACAACUCCCUGUUGUCAAACAGUUGUGUUUAACCAUCUUGUAAAAUACUUAGCCGAUCAGGCAGGAGGACUUUUAGCUUAGCUUAGCAUAAUUCGUUGAAUCAGAUUGGACCAUUAGCAUCUCACUCAAAAAAAAAAAGUUUUCUAAAAUUUUCUAUUCAAAUCUUGACUAUUCUGUAGUUACAUCAUGCAGUAAGAAAAUGACAAGUAUGUUUUCCCUUUUUUUAAAUAGCAACAUUUUUUUGAAAAGGAUGCUAACGGUCUAAUCUGAUUCAAUGAUUUAUGCUAAGCUAAGCUAAAAGUGCUCUCUUCAUGCAGGGAGAUCAGCUGAAUGGAUUCAAAAAUUGUAAAACUAAACUGUUUAACUCUUGGGGAGUUGUAAAAGGAGCCUAUUUUCCAAUAAAAGUGAAGCGUUCCCUUAAUAAAAAAAUAAAAAAACCCAUAGGAAAAUCUUGAAUUAUUAUUCUGCGUUCUGAUUUAUGACAUAUAAUCUUGUUUUCUGCAUAUCGACCAUAUCAGUAAGACAUGCCAUGCCACUUCCAUUACACUAGCAUGCAGAUGGACCAUUUUCUUUUUAAAAACUAUGACACGAUCAUGUUUAUUGUGAGAAACGAAACAUCACUGAUAUAAUAUGCUUAUGUUGCGUUGUAAUCAUACCUUUUCCAUGUCUUUUAGAUGGGAACAAAACAAACUCAACCUUUAUUAGUAUUCAGACCUGCUCUAGGUUUUUAAAAGCACUAGUUUAGUGCUUCUAUGACGACAUGUUUGGAGGAAUAGGUCCCAAAAAUAUGAUGAUUUGCAUUUAAAGUGAUCGUUCACUCAAAACGGAAAUUUCUGUCAAUAUUUACUCACAAAAUUGUUGAUUUUCUUUUUUCUGUUGAACUCAAGAUAUUUUUGGAAAAUGAUGGAAACCUGUAACCAUUGACUUCCAUAAUAUUUGUUUUCCUACUAUGGAAGUCAAUAAAUACAGGUUUAAAACAUUUUUCAAAAUAUCUUCUUUUAUGAUAGAAACUCUUAAAGAUUUGGAACCACUUAAGGAAGAAUAAAAAUUCAGUUUAGGGUGAACCAUCCUUUAAUUUACUCUCCCUCCUAGGCCAUCCAAGAUGUAGGUGACUUUAUUAUUAUUAAAUAGAAUAUUAAAAACGACUUUGAGAGUAAAAGUAAACACAUACAGGCAAAACAAAAUUAAUACUAGAGACACCUAAUGAUACAUUAAGGUCUUAUGAAGCAUAAUUGCAAUAAUUAACUAGCAUUUUUGUUCACCAAGAACCAGUUUCAGCAGCAAACCUUUAAUAUUUCAGUGAAGGAUUAUAUUACUUCCAUCUUGGACCCCCUGAGGCUGAUUAAAGGAAUAGUUCACCCCUAAAAACAAUUUUCCUUUUGUGUGGUUUAAUUUUUUUAUUCUGUUGGAAACCUGAUGUAAACAUGUAACCAUUGACUUCUAUUGUAUUUGUUUUUCCUACUGUGGCAGUCAAUGUUUACAGGUUUCAAACAUUUUUCUAAAUAUCUUCUUUUGUGUUCAACAGAAUAAAAAAACUGAACAACUUGAAGGCCAGUAAAGUCAUUUUUGGGUGAACUAUCCCUUUAAUUUACUCUCUCUUCUAGGCCAUCCAAGAUGUAGGUGACUUUAUAAUAAUAAUAAUAUUAAUAAUAAUAAUAAUUAUAAUUAUUAUUAAUAAAGAAAGCUUUUGGUCGCACUUUAUUUUGAUGGUCCGUUUGUUGUAUUUAAGUUACAUUGCAUCUACAUGCUAAUUCUCAUUAGAUUAUAAGUAGACUGUUAGGUUGGGGUUAGGGCUAGUGUAAGUUGACUUGAAAAGUUCCUUCUAGUCAGUUAAAUGUCUGUUUAGCAGCAGUAUCAACAGAUGUUACGCAGACAGUCUACCAAUACUCAACUGGACCAUCAAAAUAAAGUGUUACCAAACUUUUAAUUGAAAACGUCCUCGGUAAGUUAUAAAAAUGAAAGUUAAGAGCUAUCAGCAGUUUGAGAGUCAAAAAACACAUACAGGCAAAAGAAAAUUAAUACUUGAGACAAAUGAUGAUACAUCAAGCUCUUAUGAAGCAGAAUCACAAUAAUUAACUAGCAUCUUUUGUCUCCAAGAAUCAGUUUCUGCAACAAACCUUUAAUAUUUCAAUGAAGGAAAAAGAUAGCUACAUCUUUGAUGACCUGAGGCUGAUUAAAGGAAUAGUUCACCUCCCAAAAACUAAAUUUCCCUUAUGUGGUUUUAAAUGUAUAUAACUUCUGUUACACACAAAAGAAGAUAUUUUGUAGAAUGCGGAGUUCAUAUUUUCAUCUCUGGGUGAACCAUCCCUUCAAAUAAUUAAAUGUUCAUUUUUUUUAUGUGGUAACUGUCCCUUUAAGUAACUAUUUAACUGAAAAAUCAUGAUACCAAAUUCUGAUAUCCAUACUAUGCUCUAUGUAGAAGCAUAACACAUACAGUCUAUAUAGUAAGACAAUCCUUAUUCUUUUCUUAAAAAAAAAAAAAACAUGUUUGAAUCAGAAUGUGGAACGACGUUCUGAAAUGUUUACAGAAGAAAUGCAGUUUGUGUGUUUCAGUGCAGCUGAAAGGACUUUUACCUGACAUUAACACAGAUUAGCACAGUAGCUAGCUAUAUAGGACAUUUACAAUUGCUUUUGUAUAGGGUUUUUAAAAAGGAGAAAUUCCAGGGAACUGCUACAAACACAAAUACGGUUUCGCAGCUUUUCAUUCUCAGGUUUUCUUUUCCGUAGUCAUAGUAAACUGGAGCGCAAGAGUCUAACACACACACACACACACAUACUCACACUUUAUGUAAUCAUGACGUUCAGGUUUUAUGUAAUGCAUUGAUUGAAUAAUUCACCUGUUUACUAAAGCAACCGCGCAUUCAGAUAACGUGGAAAAUAUGAUUUGUGUGCACUGAUUACCAAACAUGAGAGCAGUCACAAGCUAUGAAAGAGCGCUCCAGUUUAGUUUUAUUUUGUGAUUUGAGUUGAAUUCAGUAUGAAGGCAGUUAUAUGGGAUGCUCAUGACUUCCAUUGACACAGAGCUUCACUGUGAAUUCAGAAAUCACCUGCUCAGUUUUGUUCAUGUACAGUGUUUCGGUCUGAUUUUGUAAAAGACAAUAAACAAAUGUAUAUUUUUGGAUGAAAA